AGUAGUUUUCGCGUCGGCCGCAGCACAACGAGCAAACGGAAAAAGGAAGCGAAUCGGGCUAAGAGAAACUCGCAGUAGCUAACAGUGAAGCACAGUUAACAGGGCAGGGAACUGAGGAGGCUUCUCCUGAGUCCUGAACGCAGUGAAGUGUUUGUUUUUGGCGUUAUCAGUGAAUGCACGCGUUUCCAGCUCUGAUUGCGAGAUACAAGAGGAAUACCGGAGGACCUCUAACUGACAGAUACGGACGGACGGAAGGUUGAGGCGUCCAGCCGGAGAGGCGUGUCACUAGCAGGUGGCUGAGCCGGUUAACCAGAGUCCGUCGGCAAAAACCUCCUCCUCACGGCCCAACAAUAACAGUCGGCCCAUAAUUAACCGCAUGCCGCAAGCCGCAAAGAGAGAAAAAAAGCCAAAUAUCGAAAUCAAAACAAAAACAUUGAGCGGAAAGAGCAAAUGGAGGUCUAAAAUGCUGCCUAAAUGCUUUGGCAAUUAUGCCAAAAUUGUUAACAAAAUACGAAAUGUAUCCAACUAAGUAAAAGCGACAGGAAACCACAAAAAUCACAAAGGAAUCAAGCUGUGAACUUGGCCUGCAAGCAAGCGGGAGAGGCGACGACAGGUGGCCGGUGGCAGUCGCUUCGGGCCUCCUUAUUGAAUCAACUUUGUGGGUGGCCGAACCACAACCAAAAAUUCCCCUGACGACUUCCCCGAAAAGCAACAGAACCCAAUCCUCGAACCCACACCCAUAUCCGGACCGAGACACGGAGGACUACCUAUCAGACCCAAAAACCAGAGUAACCCAGAGCCGGGCCGACGAAGCUCAAACCCAAAAUUGAAACCUCAAUAGAAAGGCACAACGGAAACAAGAACAACACAAAACCCACUUAGGUUGCCAUCCAAAUCAACGGCUGUCAGACAAAAAGUCGCUUUUUAUUGAUUUUUAUAAAGCCAAGCCGAGCAACACCAAAAAAUAAAAAGCAAUGAGCAGCAAAGAAUAAUAACACACAGGCCACAGAAACAAAAACAGAAAAUAACAAAAAGCGAACGCAAUGUGAAUAAUUCCCUAGUUGAACAGAAACGAGCACGAAACAGGGAAAAACUGUUGGAAUAUUCCUCAGCCACUCACUCUCCCUCCCAUCCAAUUCUUAGCAACUUUUCCUCUAUGCCCACAUUCCCCGCCCCACAUAUAUAGAGAGUACACCCGACUAUCAGGACGUUCAUCAAAUGCGAUUCGAUUCGAUGACGAUUCAAAAAGGAGACACAGGAGCCACACAGGACAACGAGACGACGGGACGCACACGACGGAGCUCCAUAAAAAUGUGUUAUAAAAAUAUACACGCAUAAAUUCGACUCUCACUCGCAAGGACAUUAACAUCAGGAUAGUCACAAAAAGCCCGGGACGGGGCUGUAGAAAUAUUUUAAUGCAAAAGUCAUUGACAAAGUCAAUUAGUAGUCGGGAAUGGCAGGCUAAUAUGAGCUGAAAAUACUGCUGCAGCUGCACAAUUCAGAAUUUAUUAAAAGAUUCACACAAAAAAAUAAAAAAAAAUAAAGGACAAACCAAAAAGAGGAGCAUAGAGUGCGAAGUACGGAGUGAAUAAAAGCAAGACUGAUUUUUAUGUUUAGUUAGAUUAUUUUUGGAACAAAAAAACGCAACUGCAACUGCAACAACGAAUAAGCCAAGCGGAAACCCUAGCAACGAGGAAACCGCCCACGGAGGAACUAAGAGAAAGAUCCGCACCAACAAAGCAACAAAGCAGCUAAAGGAAAAGCAAAGCAACAGCACCAACAGCCACCAACGAAACGACAUCACCAACAAAGGCAAACAGAAUCAUACGGAAGCAUGUUUGUGUUCAUAGCCGUGCUGUUUGUUAACGCUUGCCUAGCGGGCACCAUUCCGGCUACGCCGGAGAACAUAACCGUUACAUUUCUAACGCCCACGGCGGUCCGGGUGUCGUGGCAGACGCAAAUCGAUCUCCGGGAACAUCCCAUCGAGAAGUACAUUGUGACGUACAAGCCGACGGAUGACAGGGUUGUACAGGACGUUGCCGGCAGCAGUGAGGCCAUUGUCCUGGAUCGCCUCCUGCCCAGCACCCAGUAUUCCCUCGUCGUGACGGCCAUUUGGCAGGGCAAGAAGUAUCGCAGCGGCCAGAUUAAAUUCAGGACAUUGGAUCUGCCGAAGAACACCUCCCAACAGGACUUUCCGCCUGGUGUCUAUGGAAAUGUCAACAGUGGCAGCCGCAACGGAACCGGAAAUGCCAGCAUCUUUGGUGAUGAUGUCACUUCCACAGCCACCAACACGCUAACCCACGGCACCACCAGAGAACUGCCAACUAUUCGCGGCGUGGAAAUUGGCAUUGUUCUGAUUGUUCUGAUGGUGUGGGCCGGAGCCAUCGCCCUGUUCUUCAAUCGAUGGGGAAAGAUCCGGAUGCUGCUGCCAUAUCAGCCGGACUACAAACACGAACAGCUCAAGGUACCGGGCACCGGAGUCUGCAGUGCCGGUGGAUGCAACGGUCAACAUUCACACCAGUUCGACAGCAGUGAAUGUGCCCACCCACCGUUGCACUGCAAUAGCCGCGUAAGAACCAGACCAGAGGAUGUGGCAAACCGCAUCUCGAGAUCACUUCUAAUCCGUUUUUCAUUGCAGCACAUCCACAUGCUGGCGGAGGAGCACUCGACGUCCAUAUCGGAGCGUUGCACGCGCAGCAGGAUCAAUUCGGCCAUCUUUGUGUCAUCGGAGGGACGAGGUUUCGACUCCAUUGAGUUCCUGCGACGCCACGGCUCACAGAGUGUCCUUUGUCGAAAGGCCAAAAGUGCGGAGAAUAUUACAGAUAAUGGAAGAAGGAAGAGCCUUCGACCUUGGCGCACCGACGACGAGUCCUGCAAGCAGCAGCACACCUCCCAGGACAGCAACGACAUCGAGCUGAAGGAGUGCGGCGGCACUGGAGGCGAACUGCUCCGCCUGCCUGUCAUCCACGAUGCAAAGCAAUCGCCCUCGGCCGUAACCAGUCUCUUGGCUCGGUCGGCAGCCAUUACCACGGCCAACGUGAUAGUGGGAAGUAUUUCGCUGGAGGCGCCGCCACCCUACAUGCAGGAUGAUGAUGGGGACAACCUUUCCACGGCUGCUCUAAUACACACAGAUGCUGCCGCAGUGGUGCACGAAUCGCAGGACUCGGCGGAGACGGUGGAGGAACUUGUGCAUGUCCCACUCUUAGCCAGCGCCACGGCAACGGCCAGUGUGUCGGCCUCCUCCUCGCCCAGCAUUGCCAUCGAGGCCAAGCCACGGGUACUGGUCCAUCAGCGAUCCUCCACGGCGUCGUCGUCGCCGCACAGCAGCCCCAAGAACCUGGGCAACCUGGGACUCAAGAUCAUCAAGCCCAAGAUCAGCGCCGUGCCAAUGGUUUCAGUUUCGGGUCCGUCACCUCCGAUUGAGAAGCCGCCGCUGGCGGAGUGCUUGUAACAAAUGGCAGCCGAAACAUUUAUCUAAGCGCGCGCUCAAGGCAACUGGACCCUGAAUCCUAGAGAGUCCUUCAAGAACCCAACAAGUCCCUAACAA